AUGGCACGAGCGCGCCAAAUCAUCUUCCGCAUCUUCUACAGCACCUCGUUUACCGCCGUCUUCUUGAUCCUUGUCAUCAUCGUCUCUGUCACCCCCGCCGAUACCCUAUAUGAAUCCUACAAGCGGAGCCGCCUAAUCGACAUCUUCCUGAUCGCGGGCGACUACGUUGUUACCGCCCUUCUAGCUGCCCUCAUAUAUGCGUCGCGGCUGUAUACAAAUCGGUCGGUGCUUAAGGACAUACCCAAGACGUACAUGCCCAUUGAAAAGGAGGAUCUACCGGGACGGCGAGUGCACAAGCUCAUUCAAGAAUGUUUGGAGAAGAGUGCCGUGAUUGCAUAUCAGGCCCGGCCGAGGAGUCGGAGGAUCGAGCAUGACACGGUCAUUAUGGGGACGAGGAUGCUCGCAUUGACAAAGACGCAGACCAAUACGGACCAGAAUGCAGAGCCGAGUUGGGGAAAGGUAGCGCAUCCUGGGUGGUCAUCACCUGCUUCCAAGGAGUUGCCGGGACUCGAGUAUUGCACAGUCGUGGAUGAGUUGAUUGAUCUGAUUGAGGCGAAGGCUGUCAGUCUAGCGCCCCUUGAUCCGCACACGCAACCUGACCCAGAUGGCACACCCAGGCCUGAUCCCCGGGUCAUUGAUCGGCUGGCCCGCAACGGAAAUAUGGGUAUGAGAGCAUACCUCCAAUAUCUGAUCGAUGUUGGCGUGGUACCGGAUAAUUCCCUAACAGUUGCCUUUCUCGCUGCAUACGAGCGAGCCCGAUUUUCAUCCGCGCCGCUGAGUGACGAAGAUUUCCAGAGCUUAAUGCGCAUGUUUGCCGAACUGCUCCGCAAUAUGAACCCCGUCGAUGUUGAAUUCCUCGAUCUGGCAGACGACUCUGAAUACCCGUCUCAAUCCGAAACCUCCAGCUUAAUCCGUCGGAGGAUGCCAUACCGCUCUCCUCACACAGACGCGGAAACCUUCUCCGUCGCGUCCACCUACUCAGCUUCCGGUUCCGCAAUCCCUCCGUCCGGAACACACUACGGUCUCGCGGUCUCGCUCAAGACGGAGGCCUGGGCCUUCGACAACAGGGUCGAGUUCGAGAAUGUUCUCUGCGGUGUCACGACUGAGCUCCCGUUCUGA